GAGCCUUACAUUGAAAUAUUUGAACAACCCAGGCAAAGGGGCAUGCGUUUCCGAUACAAAUGUGAAGGAAGAUCAGCAGGCAGCAUUCCAGGAGAACACAGUACUGAAAACAAUAAGACGUUCCCUUCCAUACAGAUUCUGAACUAUUUUGGAAAAGUCAAAAUCAGAACUACAUUGGUAACAAAGAAUGAACCCUACAAGCCCCACCCUCACGAUCUGGUGGGCAAAGACUGCAGAGAUGGCUACUAUGAAGCAGAGUUUGGGCCAGAACGACGAGUCCUGUCUUUUCAGAAUUUGGGCAUUCAGUGUGUGAAGAAGAAAGACCUGAAGGAAUCAAUUUCUUUACGAAUCUCAAAGAAGAUUAACCCUUUCAAUGUGCCUGAAGAACAGCUGCACAACAUUGAUGAGUAUGAUCUCAAUGUCGUCCGCCUCUGCUUCCAAGCUUUCCUCCCCGACGAACAUGGCAACUACACGUUAGCUCUUCCUCCUUUGAUUUCCAACCCCAUCUAUGACAACAGAGCUCCCAACACUGCAGAAUUGAGAAUUUGUCGCGUGAACAAGAACUGUGGAAGUGUAAAAGGAGGAGAUGAAAUAUUUCUACUGUGUGACAAAGUUCAAAAAGAUGAUAUAGAAGUCAGAUUUGUCUUGGACAACUGGGAGGCCAAAGGUUCCUUCUCACAAGCUGACGUUCACCGACAAGUUGCAAUUGUGUUCAGAACACCGCCGUUUCUCAAAGACAUCACUGAGCCUGUCACGGUGAAGAUGCAGCUGCGAAGACCUUCAGACCAGGAAGUCAGUGAACCUAUGGAUUUCAGAUACCUGCCAGAUGAAAAGGAUCCAUACGGCAACAAAGCAAAAAGGCAAAGAUCAACCUUGGCUUGGCAAAAGCUCAUACAGGACUGUGGAUCAAAUGCAACAGAGAGGCCCAAAGUAGCUCCAUUCACUCCUGGAGAGAAGCUGAUUAAGAAGGAACCGAACAUGUUUUCAUCCUCACUGAUGAUGCCGGGGCUGGGAGCCCCGGCCAACACAAUCUGCAGCCAGAUUUCCCACCCAUCUGCACCGGUGGGGCCGGGGAAGCAGGACACGCUCUCCUCGUGCUGGCCGCUGUACGGCUCCCCACCCAGCAGCCUGCUUGCUGCGCACCCGCACAACAGCUUCACGACGGAUAUGCCUCAGCCUGGCGCUCUGGGCAGCAGUGGCAGCUCUCUCCCGACUUUCCACGACAACCCUCUGAACUGGCCCGACGGGAAGAACUUGGAUUUCUAUGCGAAUUUCGCAAACGGGAUGGGAGCAGCGUCAUCGUCAACUGCAGACAUGCAGAGCGUUUCCAGUAACAGCGUCGUGCAGCAGGCUCAUUCUGCCAGUGUCUCCACAGGCGGCAUCGUGAACAUGGAGACCGAUGACAUGAACUGCACUAGUAUAAACUUUGAAAAGUAUAAUGCGGUGUUAAAUGCAAGCAAUCACAGGCAGCAGCUCCAUCAGGUGUCCGUAGCAGCCUCGGGCAGCACGCCUUUUAAUUCGCAUUCUACCUUAGCUGAUCCAGGAGUUUUCAGUUUUGUAGACCAAGAAGUUUUAAGUGAAUCGAGACUAUGCACCAACCCGAUGCCAAACCAUCCGAAUAGCCUUGCAGAGAACCAGUUCUAUGACACUACAGGUGUCCACACUGAUGAGCUCUAUCAGUCUUUCCAACUUGAUUCCAUAUUACAAAACUAUAACCAUUGA